AUGGCAAUUUGGGAUAAAUUAACUCGCAAUCCAACGCUGACUACUUUAGAAAAUACUAAUUUUCCAGUAAGUAAAGUACCAUUUCCAGGGGUUUCUAUCUGCAAUCUCAACAAAAUUAGCAAGAAGAAAGCAGAAGAUGUGGCCGCUUUUAUAUCAGACACAACGGGUUCGGCCCUUGAUGUAGUUCAGGAUUACAUGAAAACCCUUGGGAGCUUCUACGACUUUGACGAUACUAACAUCCACAAGCAGUUGCAGUUUCAGCAAAUUUUAGAAAAGUUUACUCAUGUUGAUGAAUUUAGACCUGUCAAACUUAUGAAAUGGUUGUCACCCACAUGUGAAGAUUUCUUGUUACGUUGCUCUUGGAAGAACCAAGAAGUCAACUGUAGCGAAAUUUUUCAACUAAGAUUGACUUUUGAAGGCUACUGUUGUGUUUUUAACUAUGUGAAAGAAACGAAUGAAGUGAUAUCUGAAUCUUUUCGUCAAAAUGAGAUCAUGUUUGGAGAGGCGGGAUUACAUUCAGGUCUUACAGUGGUGCUGAAUAAUCAAUUGAAUGACUACUUUUAUACGAAACAAGCGUCAAUGGGUGCUAAUGUUCAUAUUUUUAAUCCAACAGAUUAUCCUGAUAAAAGCAGUGGCGGUUUAAGUGAACAGUUGAUAGGGAUUUCUACGGAAUUUUUAAUACAGUUAGAAACCAUUACCUAUGACGCUGUUAGAGACGUUGUGUAUCAUCCUGUGGACGAGCGAAAAUGUUAUUUUCCCUCCGAAAAACAAACUUACUUUGGACUUUACUCUGAAAGCGACUGCCUUAUGGACUGUAGAAUGAGGAGCAUGGCUGCUUUGUGUGGUUGUGUACCAUUCAUGAUACCACAAAAUCGAACCUUGGUUUGUGGAUUAUCAGACAUUCAAUGUCUUAGUAAAUAUAGAGUUAAGUGGGACGCGUUGGCUCCACCUGAUGCUUUUAUACAUAGCAAAUUAAAAAGAGAAGCUCACUAUGCAUUACAUUGUGAAGACAGAUGCUAUUCAACUUGCACCACUUAUACGUACCAAAUCGCAACCAAUCCAGUGCCCAUCAAAGAUCCGUAA